AUUUAUUGUCCUGUAAUGACUAGUGGUCAAGUUACUUUCUCAAACAUCCAUUUUACUUGGAGACAGGUCAGUCAUCACCCAAUGAUUGUUGCGUGCCACUGUGAAGGCAGAGGAUGGAAAUUUUGGGGAGAUAGUAAUCUAAAAAGCAAAUUCUGGGGUCGUUCAAUUCAACUUGAUCCUGUUGGUGUUUUAACUCUCGAGUUUGAUGAUGGUGAAAUUUUUCAGUGGAGCAAGGUCACAACGUCCAUUUACAACCUUAUAUUGGGGAAGCUCUAUUGUGAUCAUUAUGGUACCAUGCGAAUAGAAGGAAAUCGUGAAUAUUCAUGCAAGCUAAAGUUUAAGGAGCAGUCAAUCAUAGACCGAAAUCCUCACCAGGUACAAGGUAUAGUCCAAGACAGGAAUGGAAAAACGGUGGCCACACUACUUGGAAAGUGGGAUGAGAGCCUGCAUUAUGUGUUAGGCGAUCACUCUGGAAAGGGCAGAGGAUUGGAACAAUGGUAUGAGGCCUGCUUGCUCUGGAAGCGCAGCAACCCAUCUCAGUUCCCCACCAGAUAUAACUUGACACACUUCGCCAUUACACUGAAUGAGCUCAAACCCGGAUUGAAGGAGAAGUUGCCCCCCACAGAUUCAAGGCUAAGGCCAGAUCAGAGGUGCCUGGAGAACGGGGAAUAUGAUAUGGCCAAUGCGGAGAAGUUGCGACUGGAGCAGAGACAACGACAGGCGAGGAAGAUGCAAGAGCAGGGUUGGAAGCCACGGUGGUUUGCCAAGAAGAAGGGAAGCGAGACGUACCGGUACAUUGGUGGGUACUGGGAGGCUAGGGAGCAACACAAGUGGGAGGCAUGCCCCAAUAUCUUCAGCCAAGCGUCGACCACUGAUCAAAUGUUGGUCUGAGAGGUGAGCCAAAGGCUGUGUGACCUGUGACCAUUCGCCUUCUGUUUUUCUUCCUCUUGUUGAUCUAUUCUCUUUUGGUUCUCCACGGAUUGGAGCAUCUUGAGAUGCUGGUGGCCAAUGCGAGUGCUCUCCAUAUUUUGAGCAGUUGAGGUGCUGAAUGGCAGUGCAAUACGUGUGGAGCUGAAGGUGUCGCUGGCAAUGUAAUAGAAGUUGUUGUUGGCUCUCUUUCUCUCUCUGUGAACAUUUUCCUGUGAGGAAAAAAGAAAAAAAAAGUAUUAUUUUCUGAACAUUUUCCUAUGAGGAAAAAAAAAGUAAUAUUUUUUCAUAUUUUUCAAUAUUCAAUCCAGUUUUCAUUCUCA